AUGAGGAAGGUCAAUAUAGCGUGUGUCAGGGAGAUAAAGUGGGUAGGAUCUAAGACGAGGGAUGUGGACGGGUAUAAGCUGUGGUACUUUGGAGUUUUGAAGGGUAAGAGUGGAGUGGGUAUUUUGGUGGAUAGGGAUCUCAGAGAGUCUGUGGUAGAGGUCAGGCGGGUGAAUGAUAGAUUAAUGACUAUCAAGUUAGAGGUUGGAGAUAGGGGUGUUCAUGGAGGGAAUUUCAAUGGACAUAUUCUGUCGACUGUGGGCGGCUAUGGCAAGGUGUAUGGCGACUUCGAUUUUGGGGAUAGGAACGGAGGAGGUACUUCGCUGUUGGAUUCCGCAAAGGCUUUUGAGAUAGUGAUUGCGAACUCUAGUUUUCAAAAGAGGGAUGAGCAUUUGUUUACUUUCCAAAGUGCGGUGGUGAAGACGCAAAUUGAUUAUCUCCUCCUCAGGAGGUGUGAUAGAAGGCUGUGCAGGGAUUGCAAAGUUAUACUAGGCAAGACCCUCGCGACGCAAUAUAGACUCUUGGCGAUGGACGUCAGUAUCAUGAUAAAGAGGAAGAAGAGGUUUGUACGAGGUCAAUCGAGGAUUAGGUGGGGAACCUUGACUAAGGAUAAAGCCUAG